UUUUAUUUCAUUUGAGACAAGUCAAAAGGCAUUUAUUCCCAAAAUUUAACAAGAAGAAUAAGGAGAUGUAAGAAAAAUAUCCAAAAACCAAUCUUUGGAAAUCUUGAAUUACCCAAUUUCUGUCGGAAUUUUCGCUCAGAUUUCCAUUUGAAUUCCAACCCAUUUCAGACAAUCUCAAGUACCCUUUACUGUAUUUUUUUUUUCUUGUGUGGGGAUAUAUAUAUAAUAGAGGGGUACCCUAUCUUCCAGAUUUGUUCAUUGACUGCAGGAAGAAUAAAUUUACCUCACGGAUCGGCAGAAAUAAGCUCUUCUAACUCAGACGAUUCGACAUUCAAGCAGAUUCAAAGAUAUGCAGAGUCAGUUGAUGUGCAGUGGGUGCAGGACAAUGCUUCUUUAUCCCAGAGGAGCUUCUAAUGUCUGCUGUGCAGUGUGCAAUGCACUCACCCCUGUCCCACCACCUGGAAUGGAAAUGGCUCAAUUGAUAUGUGGAGGUUGUCGUACAUUACUUAUGCAUCCACGUGGAGCGAACAGUGUGAGAUGCUCCUGCUGUCAUACGGUGAACCUUGUCCCAGGUCCUAACCAGUUUGCUCAUGUCUACUGCGGGAACUGCCGUAUGAUGCUGAUGUAUCCAUGUGGAGCUCCAUCGGUUAAAUGUGCAGUAUGCCAUUAUAUUACCAAUGUUAAUGCAGGAGAUGGAAGAGCCCAUGCAUCUUUGAACCCUCCUAACGGCACUGCUACACCUGCUUCAGGAUCCUCUUCAACUGCCAAGGCUCGUUCACAAAAUCAAACUGUUGUCGUCCAAAACCCAAUGUCUGUCGAUGAGAGUGGCAAGUUGGUGAGCAAUGUAGUUGUUGGUGUAACGACAACAUCAUAGCUUGUCAGCUAAACUUGCUGUUCGCGGACAACAAUUGAGAGUUUUGCUCGCAACAAUUGGAAAGAUGAGUAUAAAGACAGCCGCUGCAUAUAAAUAUGGUAGUGUUUAGUGUUAAUACUACAACCAUACCCCUGUUUUUUUGUAACAUUUUGAAUUAUGAUUGUGGGGUGAUUGAAGCUACAGCAAGUGUGGUGACUAUUUGGAGUCUGUAAUUGAUAACUACGCGUUAGAUUUGUGGCGUGAAUAUGCCCAUAGUCAUAAGUGAAGAAUGUUAUUAUGUACCUUAUAUGCCAUAUUAUUGUAUAUGACCAUAUACCAUGAACCUUACUGCCUUCAUGUGUUGCUUUAAAAGGCGUAUUCAUGAUCUAGAGACUAGAGUUAGUGGGCUU